AUGUUGAAGGAGGCCUCUGACGGCACCGGAGCGAAUUCCCUGUCCUUCUCGCCUGAGCAAUGCUCCCCUACUUCAGAGGACCGGAACUGGGGACGACUGCAACAAGCACUACCUACCCGUGCUGAUCUGGCGGCCGUCAACAGCACCUUACAGGCCUCGAUCCGGGCAGACAUUCAGGUGCUGCAGGACGACAUCCUAGGCCUCAAUAACGGUGUGGGGUGCGUUGUGGCUACCUGCAGCCAGCUCAGAACAGCCCAUGCUCAAGUUGUCGAUGGCUUAGUUCAACAUUCUGAUUAUUUAUGGGGACUGGCGCUACACGUCGAAGAUUUGGACAAUAGGGGACGGCGAAACAACUUGCGGCUGUGAGGCCUCCCUGAGGUUGAAACCAAUCUGGCUCACCUACAAUCCAUCCUUCAGAGGAUCUUCAGUAAUCUUCUCUGAAGGGACGCGUCCUCGCCCAUUGCUUUCAUCCGGGCCCUCUGCCCGAGGGGACCCCAUGAUGCUCCGCCGCGGGAUGUGGUGUGCUGCUUGGAAGCAUUCCAAACGAAAGAAUCCAGGUAG